UAAUAUUUUUUAGAAAAUUAUUAGAGAAAUUUUCAGGCCAUCAUCGAUAGUCAAUUUAAAUUUAUUGCAAUGAUCUUUCUUUGAGUUUCUGUAAAUCUGUAUUGUCAAGCCAUGUAUUUAAGAGGUUAAAUGGCUAUUAUUGUCAUUGUUACUAAUAUGAUGGAAAUAUUUUUGUUACAGCUUUGCUUUAUCGCUUGCUUGGCGUUCGCUGCUGCCGCGCCCGCACCCGCGCCCGCACCCGCCCCAGCCCCCGGUGCGAUCAUCGGCGCCCCGCUUGUGACAUCCUACAGUGCACCCAUUGUCUCCGCACCAUUGGCUUACAACGCUUACAGCUUGCCGACUUACAGCGCGUACUCGGCGAUCCCGGCUCUACCGUACGCGUAUAAAAGUUACGCUUACAUCGCCUAAUCGGCACCAUCGCAGGAAGACCAGGCAUAUCCAGAGAUCAAGGACCAAUUUCCAUGGACACUUCAUCAAUUAAUUAAUCGAUCUGCGCCGCCGCAAAAUCUUUCCCAAAAAAUCAAUCACCGAUUCCCUCGCGGUUUACCCUCUUCAUUCCCCUUCUUCUUUUUCACCAUCCAUUCGGAUAACUCCACAUUCGCAUAAGAUUUAGAAUGAAUAAAGCUGCUUUAAAGCA